UUAUUUAUUGAUAAUAAAUAGUUUCAAUGGUAUGGUGCAGUGGAAAUGGGAGAGUAUAGUUGUGGGUACAAUAUUCCUUGCUUUCCUUCAGUUCACAAGAUUUGUGAGUAAAAAGAAAGCGGGUCUGUUUUGGGUAUCGGCCAUAUCGCCGAUGGUGACAGUCGUAGUCGGCGGCCUCUUUGCGUACUUUGCACAUGCUGAAAAUCACGGCAUCCCAAUUGUUGGGCACCUAGAUAAAGGACUAAACCCUUCUUCAAUUGGAAAAUUAAACUUUGAUCCCAAGUACAUCUCCACGUCUCUAAAAGCAGGAAUUAUCACAGCAAUGAUAGCUUUGGCAGAAGGAAUUUCAAUCGGAAGAAGUUUUGCCAUCAUGAAAAAUGAGCAAAUAGAUGGCAACAAGGAGAUGAUUGCGUUCGGGAUGAUGAACAUUGUUGGUUCUUUCACUUCUUGCUACUUAACUACAGGUCCAUUCUCCAAAACUGCUGUGAACUUCAAUGCCGGAUGCAAGACGGCAAUGUCAAAUGUAAUAAUGUCGAUUUGCAUGCUAUUCACUCUUUUGUUCUUGGCACAUCUCUUCAGCUACACCCCUCUUGUGGCGCUUUCCGCCAUUAUCAUGUCUGCUAUGUUUGGCCUCAUAGAUUACCACAAGGCCUUUCAUCUUUUCAAGGCCGACAAGUUUGAUUUCUUGAUUUGCAUGGCGGCAUUCUUUGGUGUUGCCUUCAUCAGCAUGGACGUUGGCCUCAUGCUUUCGAUAGGCCUUGCUGUAGUGAGGGCACUUUUGUAUAUAGCAAGGCCAACGGUGUGCAAGCUUGUGAAUAUACCUGACACAAGAAUCUAUCGAGAUGUGGAGCAAUACCCCAAUGCCAUUGGAGUUCCGGGAAUCCUAAUUUUGCAGCUUGGCUCUCCUAUAUAUUUUGCAAAUUGCAAUUACAUCAGAGAAAGGAUUUUGAGAUGGAUAAGAGAUGAAGAUUCUCAAGGGAGAGUCGUUGAAUAUCUACUACUAGAACUUGGAGGCAUUACAUCAAUUGACAUGACGGGAGUAGAAACGUUACUCGAAAUCAAGAGGAUCUUAGAAGCAAAAGGGGUUAAGAUAAUUUUGGUAAAUCCAAGGAUAGGGGUGAUGGAGAAGUUGAUAUUAACCAAGUGCAUAGAUGUGAUUGGGAGAGAGGCUGUGUUCUUGUCUGUUGAAGAUGCCAUUCAUAGUUGCAUAUUCUCUCUACACAAAUCUGCCAUUCCCCAAACAAAAAGUGAAGAAAUUGAAAUGGUUUGAAUAGAUUAAUUACUCCCUCCCCAAUGGCUUGUGCCACAUUUCUUUACAAAAUAAAUCUCUGUUCAUACAAAUAGUGGAGGAAAAAAAUAUGAAGUGCAUAAUUCUUCCCUUAACACCGUUUGGUUCAAGGAACUUGCUUGGCAUGGGAAAAAAAGAAAACGGUAUGGAUUUU